GAUGGGAAAUUAUCUAUCAAGAUAUUGGAGUACUUCUUUACCUCAACCAACUAUUACUGAUUCGGAAAAUUUAAACGCUUUGGAUCCUAAUUCAAAUGCAUCAAAUUGUUCUCAAGGCGAACAAGGAUCACCAGAAAAACCUAAAUCACAGCUUGAAUCUGUUUUACCUCCAACUUUUGUAACUCCAAAGAUUAAACGGACCAAUUCUAAAAUUUUUGCGGCUUUUGUUCCAGACUCGCCUGAACGUUAUGCUUUUCACAACUUUAACGAAUUAAAAUCGUUUUUGGAUUCUCCAGUUGGGAAAAGAAAAGGAACACGCUUUAAACGGUGCCAAGAUGAAAAUGAUUUUGAUAGUUUUUAUAAUGAACAACUCUCUGCCAGCACUUGCACGGAAGACAACAAUUCAUCUAGCUCUAGUAUAGAACAAGAUUUGCCUUACAAAGAGAUUCCUGCGAGAAGACUGACAGAUUUUAGAGUGGCAAUUGAGAAGGGGGAUCAUGCUAAAUUUGAUGAAUUACUGAGUGAGAGUCCCCGUUUUCUUGUCAAUACUUCUAAUGAUUUGCCGACAAUAAUACAAAUUGGUAAUCGUUAUAAUGCUUUACAUGUUGCCUGUCGUGCCUCUAAUUUUGUGGCGGUGCAAAAAAUUCUUACUUUCAUUUGCGACAAAGCUUGGCUUACAAAUGCCUAUUCUACCGAUACUUGUGUUAUUGAACGUUCUGCAAAUUUAUUAGAUGCUAUGUUGAACACACCAGAUAAAUUGCAGAAUUACACACCUUUACAUUAUGCAUGUAAAAUGGCCAAUUUUGAAAUAGUUGAUGCUUUAUUGAAUUUUCGUGUUUGUAAACGAGAGCCGAUAAACAACCACGACGAAAAACCACUUGAUUUACUUGGCUUGGGGGCGAAAGGAAGCAAACAACAGAUUCGGGACGUUUGCAAUAAAAUUACUUGUGCCUUUAGAAAGGAGCCUUCCCUGUGAUGAUUUAUCUCAAUUUUAAAUAUUUUUUUUCAGUGUACUUAUAAAAUAAUCAUUCACUCAAAAAUUGAUAAUAAUGGGGAUUGGACUUUACUUAAUUAUUCUUGUUUUUAUGUCCAAUCCAUUUAUAUAUAUUUGUACAUUUCA